AUGCGUCCCUACCAGGGUCUCCUUUCUUGGUCCAUUUUGCUGGCUUCGCUAGGAGGAGCAGAGGCGAAGCUGGACUUGAACUCGAGCAGCAACAUUGUUGCUUACUGGGGCCAAAAUUCGUUUAAUGGAAAGGGAGACCAGGCACAGCAGCCCCUGGCACACUAUUGCGAUAACAAGGACAUUGAUGUGAUACCAAUGGCCUUCAAUAUGAUGGUCAAUGGCCCAGGAGGUGCUCCAGAGAUUGAUUUCUCUGUGACCAGCAAGGACUGCGAUGUCUUCGAGGGCACCCAAUUAAAGAACUGUCCUGCGAUUGGCAAGGACAUCCAGACGUGCCAAAAGAAGGGCAAGACGAUUCUUCUUUCAAUCGGCGGAGCCACCUACAGCGAGGGUGGCUUCAAAUCCGAAGAAGAGGCCAAGAACGGUGCAAAACUAAUGUGGGAGACGUUUGGUCCCAAGCAAGAGGGUUCCAAAGCCCUUCGUCCUUUCGGUGAUGCUGCCUUGGAUGGGUUCGAUUUCGACUUCGAGGCCAAUGUCCAAAACAUGGCCGCAUUUGCCAACGAGCUGAGAUCACUGAUGAAGGCAGAUAAGAGCAAGCAGAAAUUUUAUUUGACAGCAGCACCGCAAUGUCCCUAUCCCGACCAGGCAGAUAAAGAGAUCCUCAACGGCCCCGUAUAUAUUGACGCGAUCUGGGUACAGUUCUACAACAACUUUUGCGGCGUCAACAAUUUCAACACCGACAGCUCAAGCAGCAAAUACAACUUCGAAGAGUGGGACAACUGGGCUAAGACGGUGUCCAAGAACAAAGAUGUAAAGGUCAUCAUCGGAGUGCCGGCAUUCACAACUGCGGCAAGCACGGGAUAUAUCCCAGCGUCCCAGUUGGCCAAAGUUAUUGCAUACACGAAGAAGUUCGAGAGCUUUGGGGGUGUGAUGAUGUGGGAUGCAACGCAGGCAUACGCCAAUGAUGGGUUUAUCAAGGACGUGCGGAAAAGCCUGGGCCCUGCGAAUGAUUCCGGUUCGUCGUCGCCCGAUCCGGUGUCAACCUCGGCAUCUACUUCUACGUCCACUGACCCAACGAAGACAACGAGUUUGCCAUCUUCCAAUGCACCCGACUCCUCACUCUCAUCUUCCUCCUCCUCAUCUGCUUCUGCUUCGCCCAAGGCGGAUGAAACCACCAAGGAACACCAGCCCGUCGGCACGACUACUGUUACGACUACCAUUACCACCACCAUUACCACUGGGAAAGACCCUGUUGCGACGAAUGAUAUUGCGACUGCAACCGCAAAGCCCAAGGACUCCACAACAGCGGCUCCAACCUCGACUGCUAGUCCGCAAGAUGAGAGUGACUCCAGUGAGGAUAACAAACACGAUACUCCAGACGAUAAAUCGGACGAUGACUCGGAUAAUCUCGGCACAAUCAUCGGCAACGACCUUCUUGGUUUGCUUAGUGGUAUCCGUAAGGCGAACCAGGCUGCUGGCGGCUUCGUCCAUGCUCUAACCAAUCCCCGGACCUGA